GUUUGCUUUACAAUUCCAUAAACGAACCCAUACCAAUCCAAAACAGCAAUUAUCAUCUUUCUUUAUUGAACAACGUAUCUCAUUGGUCGUGUCCUAAUAUAUAUUUAUAUUUUCAUAUAGAUGUAUACUUUAUAGUUUUUGUUUUUUCUUUUGCUACAUGACUCUCGAUCGAGGGAAAAAACUAGUUCUCAUGUUUAUCCAAAACUCUAUAUCACCUUUUUGAUGUUUUUAUAUAAGAAGACUCGUUCAUCAUACUCUUUCAAUAACCAGCUAGACAGAAAAAAAUUACACAAAAAAUUUCAAUAACCAUGGAGGGUGUUAGUGCAACUAUGCAUAAGUUUAGGCCUUAUUUGUUAAUGAUAUUUUUGCAAUUUGGAGCAGCAGGAACAUAUAUUGUUAUUAUGGCCACUCUUAACCAAGGCCAGAACCGUUACGUCGUAAUUGUGUAUCGUAAUCUUGUGGCUGCUCUUGUCCUUGCACCUUUUGCACUCAUCUUUGAAAGGAAAGUGAGGCCGAAGAUGACACUAUCGGUUUUCUGGAAAAUAAUGGCACUUGGUUUCUUAGAGCCAGUCUUGGAUCAGGGUUUUGGUUACUUGGGGAUGAAUAUGACAUCAGCAACGUAUACAUCUGCGAUCAUGAACAUUCUUCCUUCGGUCACAUUUAUAAUAGCUUGGAUUUUAAGAAUGGAGAAAGUGAACAUAGCAGAGAUACGAAGCAAAGCAAAGAUAAUUGGGACAUUGGUGGGUCUUGGAGGGGCAUUGGUAAUGACAUUGUACAAAGGUCCGCUUAUUCCUUUACCAUGGUCUAACCCGACUAUGGAUCAACAAAACGGACAUACCAAUAGUUCAGAAGACCAUAACAAUUGGGUUGUUGGAACCUUGUUGAUACUCCUCGGUUGUGUUGCUUGGUCUGGUUUUUAUGUUUUACAGUCCAUAACAAUAAAGACAUAUCCAGCCGAUCUCUCACUAUCAGCCUUAAUAUGCCUAGCCGGGGCUGUCCAAAGCUUCGCUGUAGCACUUGUGGUGGAGCGCCACUCCAGCGGAUGGGCGGUUGGAUGGGAUGCAAGGCUUUUUGCACCUCUUUACACGGGCAUAGUAAGCUCGGGGAUAACAUACUACGUUCAAGGGAUGGUUAUGAAGACGAGAGGACCAGUUUUUGUCACUGCCUUUAACCCUCUCUGCAUGAUUCUUGUAGCUCUCCUUGCCUCUUUUAUUCUUCAUGAACAAAUCCAUUUCGGAUGUGUAAUAGGAGGGGCCGUGAUCGCCGCGGGAUUGUAUAUGGUAGUUUGGGGAAAAGGAAAAGACUAUGAAGUAUCAGGAUUAGAUAUCCUUGAAAAGAAUAGCCUCCAAGAAUUGCCAAUCACAACUAAAGGUGACGAUGACAAAUUGGUUUCUUCUAUAAGCGACAACAGCAAUGUGACCAUUCCCGGUGGUGCGCAUCGUAACACAUCUGGAAUAUAAGUGAAGAAAGUAUUUCUUGAGUUAUAAAUACAUAUUUGUAUUCGACUAAAAUAAAUACAUAUGUAUUUGUAUGCAUUUGGUAUGAAAUACGUUGAAAUUAUUUUUAUGUUUUGACAGUUA